AACCUGAAGGCGCAGAACAGCCGCCUGAAUGAGCGGACAGGAGAUGGGUCAGGACAGGCAGCUGACCAUCGCCAGACACGAUUGUGAUGAAUUCCUCAGACAUGGCUUGCCUUCACUGAGCUGGAGACGUCGAGCUCGAGUGAGCAGGCGACGCGCGCGCCACCGUGCACCAAAGUUUGACGUUUGACUGAGGCUGACGACAGGAUGCCAAAGAACAAGGGCAAAGGCGGCAAGAACAGACGGCGAGGCAAGAACGAGAACGAGAGCGAGAAGCGCGAGCUUGUCUUCAAGGAGGACGAGUAUGCACAAGUGACAAAGAUGCUCGGCAACGGUCGACUGGAAGCUCAAUGCUUCGAUGGCGAGAAGCGAUUGGCUCACAUUCGUGGCAAGAUGCGUAAAAAGGUCUGGAUCAAUCAGGGCGACAUCAUCUUGAUCUCCCUGAGAGACUUUCAGGAUGACAAGGCUGAUGUCAUCCAAAAAUAUUCUCCCGAUGAGGCUCGCAAUCUCAAAGCCUACGGAGAGCUGCCCGACACCGCCAAGAUCAACGAGACCGAUGCAUUCGGCGAGGAGGGAGAUGAUGCAGAUGUCGACUUUGAGGAGGAGGAUAUUGACGACCUCUAGAGGCUUUGUCCGCGUGAGAGCGCGUAUCCGUGUCAUAGAGAGAGAGAGAGAGAGAGAGAGAGAGAGAGAGCUCUGUG